GCACAGAGCUCUGCUAGUGUGACUACGAUCAUAAACGCUCGUUUUUGCAUUGCUCACUUAUAUCGCUAUUUUGCAAUUUAUUUCUUUUUUAAAUCCAAAUCAUCUUUACCGAUCCAUCCCUCCAAAUGAUGUUCCUAAAUAAAUAAAGCUCAGUGGAGGAGGGUCUGUGUGGAGCGGAGCUGCACUGGCUGGUGCAGGACAAAUUGGCGCCAUUUUGAAGCCGACAGGAGGAUCACAGCGUUGGGAGAAGCGAGCGGAGCGCGCACUUUUUCCAAUAAGGAGAGCAGUGAAGGGGCACAAAAGACAUCAGCAGAGAUCUAUUGAGCACUGAUUGGAGAGCAUGGCUCACUCCAAGAAUCGAGCCACGGAUGGCAAGAUCACCUACCCGCCGGGGGUGAAGGAGAUCUCUGAUAAGAUCUCAAAAGAGGAGAUGGUGCGGAGACUGAAGAUGGUGGUGAAAACCUUUAUGGAUAUGGACCAGGACUCUGAGGAAGAGAAGGAGCUCUAUCUGAACUUGGCCUUGCACCUUGCCUCAGAUUUUUUCCUCAAACAUCCAGACAAAGAUGUUAGACUGCUUGUGGCCUGCUGUCUUGCUGAUAUUUUUCGCAUCUACGCACCCGAGGCUCCGUACACAUCACCCGAUAAACUAAAGGAUAUUUUCAUGUUCAUAACUCGCCAGCUGAAGGGUUUAGAAGACACCAAGAGCGCCCAGUUUAAUCGGUAUUUUUACCUACUCGAGAACAUUGCUUGGGUGAAGUCGUACAACAUCUGUUUUGAAUUAGAGGACAGCAAUGAGAUCUUUACUCAACUUUACAGAACGUUGUUCCAAGUGAUCAACAAUGGACACAAUCAGAAGGUCCACAUGCAUAUGGUGGAUCUCAUGAGCUCAAUCGUCUGUGAAGGAGACUCCGUAUCACAGGAACUACUGGAUACUGUUCUGGUGAACCUGGUCCCUGCUCACAAGAAUCUCAACAAGCAAGCUUACGAUUUGGCCAAAGCUUUACUGAAGAGAACCGCUCAAGCCAUCGAGCCAUACAUUACCAAUUUUUUUAACCAGGUGCUGAUGCUGGGCAAGACCUCCGUGAGCGACCUGUCAGAACACGUCUUCGAUCUCAUACUGGAGCUCUACAACAUCGACAGCCAUCUACUGCUGUCUGUCCUGCCUCAGCUGGAGUUCAAGCUUAAGAGUAAUGAUAAUGACGAACGCCUGCAAGUCGUGAAGCUGCUGGCCAAGAUGUUCGGAGCAAAGGAUUCAGAGCUGGCUUCACAAAACAAACCUCUCUGGCAAUGCUAUCUUGGAAGGUUCAACGACAUCCACGUCCCUGUUCGACUGGAAUGUGUGAAGUUCGCAAGCCAUUGUUUAAUGAACCACCCAGACCUGGCGAAAGAUCUCACAGAGUAUUUGAAAGUGAGGUCACAUGACCCAGAAGAGGCAAUUCGACAUGAUGUCAUUGUGUCUAUUGUAACAGCAUCCAAAAAGGAUCUCUCGCUGGUCAAUGACCACCUGCUAAACUUUGUGAGGGAAAGAACACUUGAUAAACGGUGGCGAGUACGUAAGGAGGCUAUGAUGGGCCUGGCUCAGAUCUAUAAGAAAUACGCCCUGCAGGCGGAGGCCGGCAAAGAGGCAGCCAAACAAAUCUCAUGGAUCAAAGACAAACUGCUUCACAUUUACUACCAGAACAGCAUAGACGACCGGUUACUCGUGGAGAGGAUUUUCGCCCAGUAUCUAGUACCACACAAUCUGGAGACAGCAGAGAGGAUGAAGUGUCUGUAUUACCUGUAUGCCACAUUGGAUGGAAAUGCUGUCAAAGCUCUGAAUGAAAUGUGGAAGUGUCAGAACAUGCUGAGACACCAUGUCAAAGAUCUCCUAGAUCUCGUAAAACAGCCAAAAUCUGACUCUUACAACAAAGCUGUGUUCUCAAAAGUCAUGGUUAUAACAAGAAAUCUUCCGGACCCCGGCAAGACGCAGGACUUUGUCAAGAAGCUUGCUCAGGUUCUUGAGGAGGAUGACAAGAUCAGAAAGCAGUUGGAUACUCUUGUGAGCCCGGCCUGCUCAUGUAAGCAGGCUGAGGUCUGCGUGAAAGAAAUUACUAAAAAGCUGGGCAGCCCCAAACAACCCAGCAACCCUUUCCUUGAGAUGGUGAAGUUUUUACUGGAGAGGAUAGCACCUGUCCAUAUCGACACAGAAUCCAUCAGUGCACUUAUAAAACAGGUGAACAAAUCUAUAGAAGGGACUGCUGAUGAUGAAGAUGAGGGAGUCCCGACUGAACAAGCGAUUCGAGCCGGUCUUGAGCUGCUGAAGGUCCUGUCCUUCACCCACCCUGUGUCGUUCCACUCUGCCGAGACCUUCGAAUCGUUGCUGGGCUGUCUAAAGAUGGACGAUGAGAAGGUCGCUGAGGCGGCACUCCAGAUCUUUAAAAACACAGGCAACAAACUAGAGGAGAGUUUCCCACACAUCAAAUCAGUUUUAUUACCAGUACUGCAGCACAAAGCAAAGAAAGGUCCUCCACGCCAGGCCAAAUAUGCCAUCCACUGCAUCCAUGCCAUGUUCUCCAACCGAGACACCCACUUUGCACAAAUAUUUGAGCCUCUGCAUAAAGGUCUAGACACAGAGAACAUGGAGCAGCUCAUCACACCUUUAACCACGCUGGGACACCUGGCCAUGCUGGCCCCAGAACAGUUUGCAGCUCCACUUAAAUCUUUAGUGGCCAGUUUCAUCGUCAAAGACCUGCUAAUGAACGAUCGGAUUCCUGGCAAGAAAACCACCAAGCUUUGGGUUCCAGACGAUGAGGUUUCUCCCGAAACGUUAGCUAAGAUUCAGGGUAUUAAACUGAUGGUGAGGUGGCUGCUCGGUGUGAAGAACAACCAAAGUAAAUCCGGUAACUCUACUCUGAGAAUGCUCACAGCCAUCCUGAGCAGUGAUGGUGAUCUGACAGAGCAGGGCAAGAUGGGGAAGCCAGACAUGUCUCGUCUGCGGCUGGCAGCCGGCUGCGCGAUCCUUCGCCUCGCUCAGGAGCCGUGCUACCAUGAGAUCAUCACCCUGGAGCAGUACCAGCUCUGUGCUCUCGUCAUUAACGAUGAGUGUUACCAGGUGCGACAGGGUUUUGCCCAGAAACUGCACAAAGGUCUGUGCAGAUUGCGUCUGCCACUGGAGUACCUGGCCGUGUUUACACUGUGUGCCAAAGACCCAGUAAAGGAGCGCAGGGCGCAUGCCCGCCAGUGCCUGGUCAAAAACAUCAACCUGCGACGGGAAUAUCUGAAACAGCACGCAGCAGUCAGCGAAAAGCUAAUAUCGCUCUUGCCAGAAUACGUGGUGCCAUAUGCAAUUCACCUCCUGGUCCAUGACCCAGACUACGUGAAGGUCCAGGACAUUGAGCAGCUCAAAGACAUCAAAGAGGCUUUGUGGUUUGUUCUGGAGAUCCUAAUGGCCAAAAAUGAAAACAACAGUCAUGCAUUUAUCCGGAAAAUGAUAGAAAAUAUAAAACAGACUAAAGAUGGACAGUGUCCGGAUGAUCUCAAGAUAAAUGAGAAACUCUACACAGUGUGUGAUGUUGCCAUGAACAUUGUCAUGUCCAAGAGCACCACGUACAGUUUGGAGUCUCCUAAGGAUCCAGUACUACCUGCACGCUACUUCACACAACCUGACAAGAAUUUCAGUAAUACGAAAAACUAUCUGCCUCCUGAGAUGAAGUCUUUCUUCACCCCAGGAAAGCCAAAGGCAGCAAACGUGCUGGGCGCUGUAAACAAGCCUCUGUCGGCCACAGGAAAACUGCAGACCAAACUCUCACGCAUGGAGACCAUCAGUAACGCAAGCAGCAACUCGAACCCCAGCUCACCCGGCCGCAGUAAAGGACGACUGGACACAGCUGAUCUUGACCACAGUGAAAAUGAAGACAUUUCAAUGAAAAGCCCGUCUGAGACCGAAAAGCCCACCAGGGGCCGCAAACGGGGUGCCGCCUCAAACCAGGAGGACAAGGGCCUGGAGUCCAAACCCAAACGGGGCCGGAAGAAAGCCAACACGAGUACAGAUGACACCGAGGACCAGUGGGGUGAGGACAGCAGCAUGGCGGAGACGACAUUGGAGACCGAAGACGAACAGAACAGCCCGCCCAAGAGGGGACGCCGAGGACGGCCCCCAAAGUCGGCUGCCGCCAAAGACGAAACGCCCAACAAAGGCAGGAGGGGCCGAAAGAAGGCUGCUCCACCUGCAGAGGAAGAGAACGAGGAGGAGCAGGAGGAUGAGGAAGAAGACGAUGAUGAUGGGGGCAGUGAAAAUAUGGAAGUGAAGCCCAAAGGCAGAAGAGGACGCAAACCAAGAGUCGAGGCAUCAGUUAACCCCAGUGAUUCUGUGGAAUCUACACCUCAAAAAAGGAGAGGACGACCUCCAAAAUCACAGACAGCAGCCAAGAAAGCCAGUGCUGGCAGAUCUAAAGCUGCAGCCAACCAAGAGGAGGAGUCUGAAGAGGAGAUGGACACAGCUCUGCAAAGUGAUGAAGAGGAGGAGUCAAUAGACUCUUCACCUAAAGUCCGGAGAAAGGCAGGAAGAAGGGACCGAAGAUGAGUGCACUGAUGCGUAUGAAAUGAUAAAAGUCCCGUAGAAAGAGUGAACUGUUGAAAAGUUUGGACUUCAUGGAGCCAUGCAUCUGCUUCCGCUGUAUUUUGCCGUCUUUUCCGUCGUACCGCCCCACCUUUUCACCAUGACUCGUUUUUGUUACGUGUGCCGACCAUGUGAUCUUAAUCUUAUGAGAAAUGAAAUGAAAUGUAAAUAGUUUUGUUUUGGGCUCUUACUCCCCCCACCACCCACCCACCCACCUAAGGUUAGGGAGGCAACUUGUAUAGCUUUUACCUCCAGCUUUAAAUAUAUUGCACCAGCUGAUCUGUCCAAGUAAAGAAAAAACUCUUUUAGCAGUACUGUAUCUGUUCUGUGUGUCUUCUGUAUAUCAUUCUGUACUGUGCUACAUGAAUAACCAUUUUGUAGUUUCUUUUUAAAAAUUUGUUCGUCUUUUUAUCCUUUCCUUUUUUAACCCUUCUCAUUUGUGUAAUUCUUGUGUGCAUAUGGUUGUGCAUGUGCAAAUGUGCCUCUGCAGAUAAAAGAAACACUGGUCUGAUGAUGAACUCGCAUAUCUGUUACUUUUUACAGCCCAGUAUUUGAUUUUAUCAGUGUUUGUAACAGAGAGGAUGGUACAGAGAGUCUGUUUUAAUAUUGGCUGUGUGUGUUGGGAAACAAUUGAAGAUAUUCUCCCCCUCCACCACCUGAAUCAGUUUUUCAGUCUGCUGAACCAAUAAAAUAUUCUGUAUAAAUAAAUUUUUGGUAUUCACGUUA